AUGGAGGCUGCCUUGGAGAAAGCCCUGGCAAAUCCAGGCUUGGGUGUGCUCCUGCUGGAUGAAACAAAUCGCGGCCUUGCGGAGGAUGUGGAGAAACUGCGUCAAGAAGUUUCUCGUAAUGAAGAUACUUGGAAAUUAGAAAAUGACACCAAGCGCAGAAAUGCCGAGUACUUGUCAGACAUGACACAAAUGUUAGAUAACAUUCAGAGCUCUAGGAGUCUAGCCAAUUUUCCUAAGAUCCAGAAAUUAGUUUCUGCUCACCAAAAAGAUGUCGAGUCUGAAAGUAAGCAAGAAAAAGCAGCAAGCAGUGAAGCAGAUGGAAUUUUACGUCAGUGUCGAAAAAAGCACGGAGAAAUAUCUCACGUUCAGGAAGCAUCGGAAUAUCUAGAAUCCCUCAUCAAUCAGCAUCAAAGAGAACUUGAAGAUCUGCAAAAGAAUCUGACUGGGGAUUCCAGUCUUUUGAAAGAAUUAUUGGAUCAUUUAGCUGAAGCAGAUAAUGACAACCUUCUCCUUUUGCAAUAUUCUGCAGAAGAUGCUUCCAAGAUUAAGGACCUAAGUGUUGCCCUUGAACGUGCAAGUGCUGAAGUAGCAGUAACAGAAACUGAGCUCUCCAGUGCACAGGCAGAAGCAGCAGCGUCUCAGACAACACUGGACCAGCUUAGUACAGCAUUUCUACAGGCGGCAGCUCAUCGUGACCAUCUACUUGCACAGUGGGAGAUCACUCUAAAUCACAUUUAUCAGAAAGCUAAUGAACAGACACUGUGCAUUGAGGAUGCACUAGCAGCACAGCAGAAAAUUGGGAUCUUACAAAGGGAAGUUGAGCAAGAAAAUCAGAUUUUAAGACAAGUACAAAAUUCGUGUCAGCAAGUCUUAAGUAACAUCCAGGUUGCAGAUGAUGAAAGUGUAUUGGUUAAUACACACCUGCAAGCAGUGUCCACUACAAAAGAACAAAUCCAGUCUCAGAUUUGGGCUUUGCAAAAUGCACUUAUAAAAGUGAAUAAAGAAAUAGAAAGCCUAAAUAUUCAGUUGUCUGAACAAAGGUCAUUUCGUGAGGAGAAAGAAGCUUUUUAUGAAAGCAUGGAGCAAAAGUGCAAGAAAUCGGAGGAAAAGCUGACUGUCAAUACUGAGCUUGUAAUUUCAGUUGAAGAAUCACUUCAGUCUUUGGAAGCCAUGUUGAAGGAUGCUGAAGCACUAGCAAGAGGAUUGAAUAAGCAGAAAGAGAGGAUAGUGGAGGCUGAGCAACACCAUGAAAAAGCUGUGGCUGAGUGGCACAGGCAAGAACUAUUACUGAAAGGAGAAAUCACGGCCUUAUCUGCAACUAAAGCUCGUAACUUGGUAUAUAUCAAGGAGCUUGACACUAAAGCUGUAAAGCAAAAGGAGGUUUUGCAUGACCAGGAACUCAGUGUUCAGCAGCUCCGACGUAGAAUCCACGAUCUUACUCAUGAUAGAAACAACAAUGCAGUGGAUUCGGAAGAACAAAAGCAACUGGAACUCCUGCAGCUUCGCCUUAAAGAAAUAUCUGUCACAAUAAAGAUGCUUACUAAACAGUUGACACUUCUAAAGAAUUCUAGAUCCCAGGAGCAGACUAAUGUGAUUCAACUACAGAAACAAAGUGUUAAGAUGGAGGCAGAACUAACAACUGUAAAAAUGACUAGUGAAAGUGCAGAAAGAGAAUGUGCCAGACUGUCCAGCAAAACAGAAGAACUUAUGGUUGAUGUCAGCCUUUCACAGCUACACUUGCAGCGACGGAUGGCACAGCUUCAAGGAGUUAUGGCUAAAGUGUCACAGUUGGCAGAGGAUAAGUCUGAUAUGGAAAAGUUAAUCACAGAACAGAUCAGAGUUGUGAAAGAACGAGUUGACAAAGCUGAUGUCACUCUGAGGGCCUUGAACAGUGAGAUGCAUCGACUCUUCCUUCAAUUGCAUGAAGUUACUUCAAGGAUUGUUCAGCUUAAGGACAAACAUUCUAAAAUCAAGAUGAGUCUUGAUACACCAGAAGGUGAAGAAGGGGUUUCUACAACACAAGUCUUCUUAAAGGUGGCCAAUGAGCGUGCUGGUCUGCAAGAGACUGGUGACCUUCUUGACCUUGAGGUGAGACGUGCAGAGGAGGAGGUUGAGGCUCUACAGCAGAUGCUAACUUUGAUUAGUAUAGAGGGUCAGCAGUACCGUUCACAGCUUCAUGACAUCCUCCAUCACAGCGAGGAGCAGAAAGAAAGGAUUAUGCUGGAGGAGAACUUAGCAUCUUUAGAAGAGGAGAUCCAGGUGUGGGAGACAAUGUUAGAUCAAGCACAAGUAGGAUUGCAGAAUACACAAAGCAAGCUUCAUGAAGUAGAACUGCAAGUCCAUGCUGUAGAAGAACUCUUGAAGGAAAAAAAUAUUCACAUGACAGCAGUACAGAGAGAAACAGAGAGCCACUGCAAUAAAGCUCGCCAUGCUGCCCAAGCCACAGCCACAAUGCAAUGGAGAACCCGUGGAAAAUCAUUGCAACAGUAUGACAUCGAACUCAGACUUGCACAGGAGCGUUUGCGUGCAAUAAAUUCACUCUUGGGUGAUGCAGUCUCACAUCAUCCUGAGGCCAGGGAAUCUGUUGUGAUAUAUUGCCAACAAGUGAAUAUUCCUCCUCCAGAUGUUACAAAACUCACCAAGAAGGAAUCAUUUGGUUCAAGCUUGGAAUAUUGUUAA